CUCCCCCCCGGACUCCGCGCCGCUCUAGCCUGUAUGGAUCCUCCUCGCUGAUCCGCUCAGCCGCCCGCAGCGGCGCUCCACCACCCUCAGGGUGCGCGUGCGCGGCAGUGGCUGGCCGCUCGAGUGCUCGCCGGCGCGGUCCCGCUCUCCGCCCGCGUUCCCCGGGCAACGACGCAGGCCUUGGCGAUCCACCGCCAUGGACGAGCCGUCUGGCCCGGAGCUUCGCCCGGCUCGUGGCUGCCUGGGUGCGGCCGGGCCGAAGACCUCGGGUCGCGCGCCUGGGGCGCCGGCGGCGGCGGCGGCGGCCUGGACGCGCUUCUCCUCCUGGUUGGAGUGCGUGUGCGUGGUCACCUUCGACCUGGAGCUGGGUCAGGCGCUGGAGGAUUGCUUCAGCUCAGGAUUUUGAGACCAGCCUGAGCAAGAGCAAGACCCCAUGUCUACCAAAAAUGGAAAAAACUAGCUGGUAUACCCGAGCGGCUUCCGGCUCACAGACAAGGAGCAGUAUCUGCUACCUGUCCUUUCCUGACUCCCACUCAGGCUGCCUCGGGGACACUCAGUUCAGCUUCCGCAUGCGUCAGUGUGGAGGGCAGAGGAGCCCAUGGCAUGCCGAUGACAGGCAGUACAACGGUGGGGCCCCUGUUUCACUGCAGAGGGAGCCAGCACACUACUUUGGCUACGUGUACUUCAGGCAGGUGAAAGACAACUCUGUGAAGAGGGGCUACUUCCAGAAGUCUCUGGUGCUGGUAUCCCGUCUGCCCUUUGUCCGGCUCUUCCAGGCACUGCUGAGCCUGAUGGCCCCCGAGUACUUUGACAAGCUGGCACCCUGCCUGGAAGCUGUUUGCAAUGAGAUUGACCAGUGGCCGGCCCCUGUGCCUGGACAGACCCUGAACCUACCUGUCAUGGGAGUUGUCAUCCAGGUGUGCAUCCCCUCCAGGGUGGAUAAACCUGACUCCAGUCCUCCCCAACAGCUUGACCAGGAGAUGCAUUACCAGGAGAACCUGUUGCCAGCCCCACUGGUCCUCACCAGUGUCCACGAGCUAGACCUGUUCAGGUGCUUCCGGCCUGUGCUGACCCACGUACAGAUGUUGUGGGAGCUCAUGCUCCUCGGGGAGCCCCUUGUGGUCUUGGCACCCUCGCCUGACAUGUCCUCAGAGAUGGUGCUGGCCCUGACAAGCUGUCUGCAGCCCCUCAAGUUCUGCUGCGAUUUCCGCCCCUACUUUACUAUCCACGACAGCGAGUUCAAGGAGUUCACAACACGCACGCAAGCCCCACCAAAUGUGGUCCUGGGAGUCACAAACCCUUUCUUUAUCAAAACUCUUCAGCAUUGGCCCCACAUCCUCCGGGUUGGGGAGCCCAAGAUGUCAGGGGACCUUCCUAAGCAGGUCAAACUGAAAAAGCCUUCAAGGUUGAAGACCCUUGACACCAAGCCAGGCCUCUACACCUCGUACACGGCUCACCUCCAUCGGGACAAGGCGCUACUCAAACGGCUAUUCAAGGGUGUGCAGAAGAAGCGGCCUUCAGAUGCACAGAGUGUGCUGCUGAGGCGGUACCUGCUGGAGCUCACACAUAGCUUCAUCAUCCCCCUGGAGCACUACAUGGCCAGCCUCAUGCCCCUGCAGAAGAGCAUCUCACCCUGGAAGACUCCCCCCCAGAUCCGCCCCUUCAGCCAGGACGACUUCCUACGUGGCUUAGAGCAUGCAGGGCCCCAGCUCACCUGCAUCCUCAAGGGCGACUGGCUGGGCCUCUACAGGCAGUUUUUCAAGUCCCCUCAUUUUGACGGCUGGUACCGGCAACGGCAUAGAGACAUGACCCAGAAGCUGGAGGCACUGCACCUUGAGGCUAUUUGUGAGGCGAACAUUGAGAGCUGGAUGUUGGACAAGUCCGAGGUAGAGGUUGUGGACCUGGUCCUGAAACUUCGGGAGAAACUGGUGCGGGCACAGAGUCACCAGCUCCCUGUGAAGGAGGCGACACUGCAGCGGGCUCAGCUGUACAUAGAGAUGGUCAUUCACUCCCUGCCCAAGGAUCUGCAGGCUGUCCUGUGCCUCCCUAGGACAGGGCUGGGGUCUGACUGAGCCUCCCUCCCCCAGUGAUGGUGGCCCCUGGUUAAGCACAAGACCCUAGACCUUGGCCCCCAGCCCGGGCUCCAGGCUCCCUCCCUGUACUACCAUUGUCCUAGCAGUAAAUGUGACAUUUGGAACUACAGCCUGGCCCCUGACUAUUGGGGGAUUAUGUGUUGGCAGAGACUACCCACCCACCCCCCGUGCCCAUCUGCCCAGGCCUUAUAUGUUGUGUUUGAUGUGUCCUUUAGCCCCAGUAGGCUGCCAGCCUAGGACAGAGGGAGGCAGCUGACAGGAAGGCCCCUCACACAGCCCACCGCCCGUAUUGCCUAGAGAUGGGGGGGAUAUCUUGCCCAUGGUCAUUGACAUGAGAGGAGGAGAAGCUGCUCUGCAUUGGGAGGAGCUCUGCCUAACGCCCAUGCUGCCCCUCUGGGCCCUCUGCUUGCCCAGGGCUGUGGUUAGUUGGGGGUGGGGAGUGGACAGGGGCAGUAUGGGCCCAGCUGGCCCUUGGAGCGUCCAUCCACAGCAUUGUCCUGGUUCCCACUCCCAAGACACCCCACCCGGCACCAACUCCAUAGAUCCCACUCUGGGUUUGGACAGGCUCUCUAGUGGUCCCCUUGUUCCAUCCACUCACCUGCAGCCUGACCCUGCCUCCCCAACUGGAGCCUCCAUGGCUCCAGGAGUCUUAAGAUGCCACUGAGCUCCUUGGUGAGAGAUGAGAGUCCCUAAAAGAUGCCGCCUCUGUAUUAUAUGCUCCCCCUUGUGUGACACCUCCAAACAUUAGGCCCAGCAAGUUAGAGGGCUGUCAUCUCUCAGCAUAUGGUGACAGCAUUAUCCAGGCCUGUGGGAGCGUGGACAUUCGGGUGUGGACCCAGAGCUUCAGCCAGGUGCCAGCUCAGCAUCACCCACUGUAUGCCUGUGGGUAAGGUUGGCCACUCAGACCCUCAGAUUUCUCAUCUGAAAGAGCAGGCCUAUGUGGAUGCCUGGCAGGGCAGCUGCUGAGAGGGCCAUGGAGACUGGGCUGUGCAAGGCCUGGGCAGAGUGCUGUCCAUUUCCCUAUGCCUAGGCCCUUGGUGGGGUGAGCUUGCCCAGGGCUGGGGGAGGGUUUUUUCCUUUUUUUCUGAAGCCCCCACCCAGUCCAUAGAUGGAACCCUUCUCAGUGGGGCUUUGGAAGGUGUCAUGGGUUUGUUGGUUCUCACUCAUCCUCCUUAGACCUCGUCCUGUAGUGAGACAGGGUAAAUCUAGUGCUUGCUGACAUCUUCCCACACACAGCUUGGCUGAGUACUGGACAGAGGGGCCACCUGUCCAUAUGUGCCAGGCACUAUUCUUGGGACUUUGUACACGUGGCCUUGUCUACCCUGACCAUGGCCUAGAGCAGCCUGUCACUGUCCCCAUCAUAGGCCCAGAAGAGAGUGAUGAAGGGGGGCAGGUGGGUCAGACAGAGUGGAGGCAGAUGGGUGUGGUUAACCUGUUGUUUGAAAGGGGCAAACUGGAGAACCAGGUGAGAAUGGGGUCCACAUGCAGUGCCAGUCUGUUCUGCCUGUUAUGGGGGGUUGACUUCCCUGACAAGAGCAAGGUCUCUAGGAGGCUUUCCACAGAUGCCACCACCUUGUCCAGCUGGAACACUGACCUGCACAGGAUAGGGCUGAGGAGAUGGCAGAGGUCCUGGAACUCACUGCUUUUGAUCAGGAUCCUUGACUAAAAACCCACCCAGUGGUGGUUGGGCCUGAGCCCCCUUGGACCUGCAUGGCAAGAUGUGGAAGCUGCUCAUGAUUGUGACCCUACCCUGAGGAGUCUUCCCCAGAGUGACUCUAGUAUGUGCUUCCCUAAGCUGUUGACUCCUCACCUGGCUUUCUGCAAUGGCACUGCAGGGGAAGGGCUACAGGCUGGCCUGGCCACUAUUGGUCCAGGAAUGCAUAACCAGGUUUCCCUGGACCCCCAUCUUAGGCAUGGACGGCAUUCCCCACAGCAGACUCAUCCUCCAUACCAUUGGGAGUAGGAGUGGGGGAGGACAACUGGCAGCAUUCCAGGGCUGAGGGGUAGAAGCUGAAGGGAGCUUCUUCCUGAGGGCCUGGGAAGGUCUGAUCGGGCCUGUGCUAAAGAAGGAGGGUUAGUGUCACAGCCCAGAGUAGAUGGGGACCUGCUGGCUCCAUCCUGUCCCUCAGAUGGCCCCUUGCUGCCCCAGGGUCAGGUCAGCUCUGAGUAAGGAGUGUCUGGGGUUGGGUUGUGGGGACAGGCAGUAAAGAGGGAGGAAGUAGGGUGGGGGGCACAGCCCUGGGAAGAGGAGAGGGCUGGGGCAGGCCUGGGAUGGGGCCAGGGAGGGGCUUGGGCUGAGGAUGAAGUUGCAAGUGGGGCCUGCUUCAAGGGCAGGAAGGGUAGCUCCUCUCCCUCCAGCUUCCUGCCUUCUAUUUAAAGGUUCCUUUUCAGUCUGGAAUAGUGGCCUUCCCACAUUUUUUGGUUUAUUAAAGUGUCCUUUUGUGA